CUCUUCUCCCUGCCGUCUUCUGCUCUCUAUCCUGCUCUCUCAUCUCGGCUGCCUCAUCCUCCUACCCUCUCUUACCUCAGCUACAAAUCCUUCCUCUCUCCCUCUCUGACAUCAUCACCUGCACAUUUAUUCAUACAGAUACACAAGUGGCCCGUCUUUCCUUACCUCUCUCUCACACACGCACGCAAACAUGCUUACACCCAUCUCCUCCUGCUGGCAGAGCGGGGCGAUGCAGGAGCGGCAGGAGCAGCUGUUCUGACACAUCCUGGCGUGACGAGCGCACACCGAAAAGGCAGGAGGAAAAGACAGAGGAGGAGGAGGAGAAGAUAAGGAGGAGGGGAGGAGGGAGGAGGAGGAGGAGAGGAGGAGGAAGAAGAAGAGAGAGAAGAGGUGGACACAACUCUUGCGAAAGGACAGCGGAGGACAGGAGAAGGAGAGGACGAGGCAGAGGAGCAGGGAAGGAGAGCAGAGGGGUGUUGCAGCCAUGUCAGACACACCUUUGCAGAGGAACGGCACCGCCACAGCACCGAUGUCGUGUGAGGAGGCACAGCUCCACAAAGAGAGGCUGCAGGCCUUGGCGGAGAAGCGAAAACGACAAACUGAGAUUGAAGACAAAAGAAGCCAGCUCGAUGACCUGGUGCUACAACUACAGCAUCUCAAGUCCAAAGCCAUGCGCGAGCGAUGGCUCCUCCAGGGAAUGGGAGUGGAGGAAGAGGAGGCACGGCGGAAACAGCUGGAACAGGAUGAAGAACAGGGCAAGAGGCUGGAGGACAUAAUACAAAGGCUGGAGUCUGAAAUCGGCACACUCGAGAGUGAAGAGUCUCAGAUAUCAGCCAAAGAGCAGGUUCUACGGGAACGUCUGAAAGAGACAGAGCGCUCCAUAGAAGACCUGCAGAAGAGCCUGAUGACCCAAGAUGGAGAUGCCACCGGCUGCAUGUCCGCCCCUCUCUCGGACUGCACGGACCCCGACGCCGACCACCUCGUCCUGGCUACGCAGCCCAGGACCGGCCCACCUGCCUCCGGAGAGCACGCCAUACCAAGACCUGCAAUGUUUGCCAUGGAGAUCAACGUGCAGCAUGACCCACAGACCGGCGAGCAGCGCGUCCUGUCAGCCAACCGUGUGAGCCCGCUGGACGCGGCAUCGCGUGGCGUCAAAGUAUACGACGAUGGCAGGAAAGUGGUCUAUGAGGUCAGUUCCUCUGGGGGCGUGUCCACCACCACCAUGGAGAACGGUUGGAGCUCGGCGCAGGUGGACCAGCUGAUCCAGCGUGCUGCCAGACCUGCUGUACACGGAGUAGAUGGCAGCAGGGGUCAGGUGACGGUGACCCAAGCUGCCCCACAGGCUUAUGUUUCCCCACUAGAUGUUGACGAUCUGUCACCACCCUCCUGCGCCCCGCCAUCCAUUCCUUCGAGCCCACCAGCACAGGUCGUCCUCCAGAGGGAGACCCGGCUUGGCAUGAUGCCCCCCUCUGCUCCCAUUACAACCCAACCUGGCUCCUCAGCUCACCCGGGCGGUGAGCUCACCAACACACCCCAAGCCACCGCAGAGCACCCAGUCACCAUGGUGUUCCUCGGCUACCAGGACGUUGAGGACACGAGCGAGAGCAGGCGGCUGCUAGGCUUUGAUGGCGCCGUGAAGGCCGAGGUGGUCCUCAUUGACGAAGACGACGAGAAAUCGCUGAGGGAGAAAACGGUCACCGACCUAUCCAUCAUCGACGGCACGGCGGCUGACCUCGUGUCAGGGCGGCCGGCCACGUCCGAGGCCGUCAGCACGGAACUGUCAUCCGACGGCCGCGAGCCCGACAGCGCCUCCUCACCCCCUGCCAACCCCGAAGCCAACACAGCCCCCCCGCCCGGCCUCACCCCCCCCACAGGCUAUGGCACACCAUCAGAGGUUACCGUGACAACAGAAAAUGGGUAUCAAGCUCCCAUUCCGAUCAGACAACCUCACACUGCCAUGAAAUCGUGGCGGGCAGCCGAGGAUGUCAGUGACACAACGCCACGAGAGCGAGCCCUGAAGAGCGUCAGUUUCCAGGAAUCGGUCAGCGUUAUCUCUGACAGGCCUGCAACCAUGGAAGUGGAGAGCCAGCAGAUCCAACAUGGCUGCCUCAGCAGCCCCAGUAACCGAGCCCACAAUGCAGUUGGUGUGAAAGUGGAGACUCCUGACAGCGAGGUGAUGCAGGAGAUCCGCUACUUGGACCAGGUUUUAGACGCCGCCUCAGAAACCCCCACCAACGGAAACUCUUCUCCCCCAGAACACAUCAAAACAAUCAGCAUUGACGGAAACUCUCCUUCCGUCUGCGUGUCCGCCUCCUCUCCCAUCAGCCACCAGUCGGUCGUCGUGGAGGGUCAGAGACAGACCACAUUCCUCCAUCAGGACGACUCUGCUGUGAGGACCAACGGUCACGUGCAGGCAGAGGAGUCGGCGAGCAGCAGGGCGAGGUUUGAGCUGAGAUCGUUUCACGAGGAGAAGCGGCCGGCGAAACUCUUCACCCCUGGAGAGGAGCAGCAGGUCAGGGUGACAAGGAGGCGACCCUCGGAGGAGGUUCAGGAGCUGGAGCGUGAGCGUCAGGAGCUGAUCAAAGACCAGGCAGUGAAGAAAAACCCUGGCAUCGCCCAGCGUUGGUGGAACCCUCCCCAGGAGGUUCCUUUGGAAGAACAGCUGGAUGCAGAGCAGCUUGAGUCUCUCAAGAAAUACCAGGAGAGGAAACAGCAGAAACAGGGUCAAACUUAUACAUACACACAGCCCCAGGUGUCAGGUCCUCCCACCAUGGUAACCUUCGAUCCUGAGCUAAACAGGAAAGACGACAUUGUGGAGGAGCAGAUCGACUUCUCUUCUGCCAGGAAGCAGUUUCUCCAAGGGGGACAAACCAAGAGGGACGUAGCUCCUCAAAUAUACUCCGCCAAACCUUUUUCAAAAUCCAGGGGCAGCCAGGGGAGCAGUGACAUUGUCGAAGAAACCGGGGAGGGUCACGUGACCUGGUCUGAUGAAGGAAUUGCGACAGAAUUCACUUGUGCACGAGCUGUAAUGACAAUCCUGCCUGAUGAGGAGGAAGGGAAGAGCCAUUUCAAUCCAGGUUUCCACCCAGAGGAGUCUGACUCAGGGUUAGACGAGUUAUCUGUCCGUUCUCAGGACACCACUGUGUUUAGCUUGGAUAACGUUUCUGACAGCGGGGCUUCGCUACCGCCUACCCCGCUGCCGCUUACCCCGGUGUCACCGCCCACCCCCCAGCCCACCACGCCAGUCAAUGGGCAGACCAGCAGCAGUCCAACGGAAGUCGACCUGGAGUACCACGCAGGGGUACUUGUCCAAAAUGCCAUCCAAAAUGCCCUGGCAGCUCGGGAUGGAGGGGAGUGGCAGGCAUCUGACUUGAAUUCCUCCCAACCUAGCGCCCCUGUGUCUCCAUCCUCAGUUUCUACGAGUAGCCCAGUGCCAGUUUCUUCCUCUCCUGUGUCUUCUGGUGGAGCUCCCAGCCUCCAGUCACCAGUGUCCUCCAGUCCUGCUCCAUUCGACGUGUCGCCUCAGCCAGACAGACGACCAGAAGUAAGAGUCAUUGCCCAAGAGAAGCCUUCAGAGUCCGAACAUGCUGUGCAGCAGCAGCAGCAGCAGCAGCAGCCCUCCAGUCCAGCACAGCAAACACAGCUCCAGACGCCUUCUCCACCUCCUUCUCAGCCUGUCUCUCCACCCCAGAGACCCAGAGACGGAGGCCCCAGAAUCAAAAUCCAGUCCUCUUAUGCCAGAGCUCUCGCCUCCUCAGCCCCGGCUCCAGCUCCUGCACCUGUCUGUGCAGCUCCAGUUUCCAGGCCGACCCCAGUCUACCGUCCCCCUUCUCCUCCGAGCCCAGAAAAACCAGAAUUCAGCUACUUCAGCAAAUACUCCGAAGCAGCCGAACUGCGCAGCACGGCGGCAGCCACACGAGGCCCUGAGGCAGAGGCAGCGAGCGGCCCGUUCCGCCUGCGCUCCAAGAAGCAGCGAACUUUGUCCAUGAUUGAAGAGGAGAUCCGAGCGGCUCAGCAGAGGGAGGAGGAGCUGAAGAAACAGAGGAAGGAGCAACCUGUUGUUAUCGUCCGCCCCAGCAACCCUUCAUACAACAGUCUCGGUUCUGUGAGGUCGGGGAUGCAGCAGACUAAGAUUUCCCCAGCAGAUAAGAUGAAGAGCAACAGCCUGCCAGCAAGACUCACACUGACAGCAAAGACAGCACCAGGAAAAAUCGAGAAGGUUCGACCUGCACCACCUGUCUCACCCUCGCCUUCAGACGGAGCCUUGUCUGACGCCGGCAGCGAGGACUCUGGAGGACGGCCCAAAAACUUCAUGCAGACGCUAAUGGAAGACUAUGAAACACACAAAGUCAAGAGGAGGGAGAAGCUAGAGGACAACAGUGUUCUGGAGGCCACUCGCGUCACCAGGAGGAAAAGCGACAUGGCGCGGAAGUGGGAAGCCGGUAUCUAUGCCAACGAGGAAGGAGAGGAAGAAGAAGAAGAGGAGGAGGAAGAGGAGGAGGAGGAGUAGACUGCUCCUUCCAGAGACAGUUAAGGGACCGAGAGGGAAGGAGGAGGAAGAGACUGAAGGAAAAACGCAGCGACGAUGUGGAAAGGAAACAGUAUUUAUUUCAUUCAUAGUAUUCUGAUCACAUGACCCACUGGCUUGACCAAUGGGGCUCAUCGAAGAGAUGCAUCGAGUUGUGGAUUUUAGAGGAUUGAAGGCCGACAGUAUGUGAAGAGACUGAGUACGUGAGAGACAUUUGAAGUGUUGAGAUGAUGCAAGAGACACUUUGAAAGGGUUUGAUGGUGGUUUAAGAGCGCUGCUCAGAAGUGCAUUGGGAAUUGAAGGUUUUUAAUAGUUGGUAGACGCUGAAUGACGUAAAUAUUCAUAGGAUUUUUCAUUUACCUGUUUUUUUUUUAUUGAAAUAUGGGCUGAGAUCUAAAGAAUCAAUCUAAAGAUUUUAUUUUGACUGGUUGCCUGAGACUUGCUGAUGAUGGUUUUGGCAGUGGGUGCUUGAUAAUAACCCCAAUGUUCAAUUCAAAAUGUGUGGAGAGGGUUGCAAACGACAACAGGCAUAUGCAGAGUGACUAGGAAGAAACUUUUAACUGAAAGGAGUUAAAGAGAGGAGACAAAGCGAGGCCUGAUAUCUGUCAGAUUUUGAUGAUGCUGCAAUGUUUUCCAGGCACUUAAACAAAUGGGAGCAUCACCUUCAGAGCCCGUAAAGUUUAACCUUCUGCAUCCUGUAGUGCCACAACACACCACAGAUAUAACACAUGUACGGCAUGUCGGUGGGAGCUUUUGCAAUCCUUUUAAGCAUCUGCAAUAAAUCUUAAGUGCCGACUUGAGGGUCCUUGAACUGUUGAAUGCUAGCGAGGAAAUUUGAAAAACUAGCAUCAAGGUUCAACUUUGCCUUAGAUCGUCAGUGAUUGUUGGAUGCACGAUAUGUAUGAUGUAUUUUAUCUUCUCUUAUUCUGCAGUUUCAGUAGACCUUAGAGAAAAUACCACAUUAGAUAGAAAGUCUGUCUAUAAAACACUAUUCUUCAGUGACUUCAUGUCUAUUAAGUGACGGACACAUGGGAAAGAGGGAAGCUAACUGCGGGUCAUGUUUGCGUCACUUCAGUCAGAGUGUGUAUGAAAUAAAGGGCUGGGUCGAGGGCUUUUAUAUCCUAAAGUAAAUCACUUAUUUUACCUUCGCUGGCUACGUCGCUUUGUUGACCUGUGCUUUCUGAUGUAAGCAGUUGUUUCAUGUAUUAUACUGAGGUAGGAUUGUGUAUUUGAUAUAUGAACAUGUAUGUUAAGAUUCCAGUGAGGGCGACUGCCGUGUAUCUACUAUACCUUGCUAGCUGAGGAUAAAGUUUGAUGAAAAAUAUUGAAAAAGCGUUUUAUAAAAAAAAAAAAGUUGUUUUACCAAAAACAGAAUGUUGUUAUUUAGAGAACAGUCCGCCUACGCUUUUAAAAAAUCUAUUUAAGAAGUUUCUGAUUGUGUGCAUGGAAUGACACUCCUUUCCUAACCUGACACAAGCACACAACAAGCAGAAGGUAACCGACAUUGCAAAGGCUCAUUAACAGGCCCUAACUACAGGCUCAACUUCUGCUCAUUUUGUAUGAUAAUAACGUAACAGGGGAGGUUCAUGUGUUGGGGUUGUCAGUUUUUUUACUAAAUAUAUUGUGAGCUUUGAUUUUACAGGAUGUGACUUCCUGUUUUAAAUGAACGAUGAAUGAUUUACUGCGAUACUGUGGAUUGUCCAGGUGUGGAAAGCAAAGUUCAGCUUCAAAACUAAACACAUUGAAACAGGAGUAAUCCCUGUAGCCUAGAGGAUUGUCUUUAAGGGGACAGUUCACCCCCAAAUCAAAAAUACAUAUUUUGCCCCUUACCUGUAGUGCUGUUUAUCAGUCUAGAUUGUUUUGAUGUGAGUUGCCGAGUGUUGGAGAUAUUGGCAGUAGAGAUGUCUGCCUUAUUUCCGAUAUAACAGAACUAGAUGGAACUAGGCUUGUGGUGCUGCAAAAAAAAUGAAUUUUAUAAACUCAACAUCAGUGUCUCUUUCCAGAAAUCAUGACCUGUUUAUUCAAGAUAAUCCACAGACCUUGUUGUGGGUGGUUUCAUGGAACUAUUUUCUUUGUACCAAACAACUGCCAACCAUAUCACCCCACAGGAGGAAGAGUGCAUCUACUCACGGACAGGAGGCUUUGUUUUUGACAGCAUAAGAUGUAAAAAUUAAGGGUGCUCUCCUCAGCUGAGCUGUGACGUUAGCUAGCUAGCUAGUGGUCAUAGGUGAGCUAGCAGUAAAUGCACACUUCCUUCUAUGUGGUGAUAUGGUUGGCGGGUAUAUUUCCAUAGAAAGAAAAUAGUUCCAACAUGAAACUGCUCACAAAGAGGUAAGGUAAGAAGAAAAAUAUAUAUUUCUGAUUUUAAAUCAGAAGCAGAAGGAAGUGUGCAUCUACUCACAAACAAGAGUCUCGUGCUUGUGACAGCACGAGACUCUUGUUCAUGAGUGUAAUUAAUGGUGUUUUUAUUGGGUAAGCCGUAACGUUAGCUAGCUAGCUAGUAUUGAUAGGUGAGCUAGCAGUAGAUGCACGCUUCCUUCUGUGUGGUGAUAUGGUUGGCGGAUAUAUUUCCAUAGAAAGAAAAUAGUUCUGACAUGAAACUGCUCACAAAGAGGUAAGGCAAUAAGAAAAAUAUGUAUUUUUGAUUAUGGGUAGGAAGCAGAAGGAAGUGUGCAUCUACUCAUGGACAAGAGGCUCAUGCUUAUGACAGCACGAGAUGUAAAUAUUAAUGGCAUUCUUCAUCGCUAAGCUGUAACGUUAGCUAGCUAAGUGAAGAUAUGGCAGCUAGCAGUAGAUGCACGCUUCCUUCUGCGUGGUGAUAUAGUUGGUGGGUGUAGUUCAGUAGCAAAAAAAAAUAGUUCUUAUAUGAAACUGCUCACAACAGGGUCAUGAUUUCUGGAUAGAGGCAUCGCUGUUGAGUUUUUCAAAUGUUUUUGGCAUUUCCAGCACCACAAGCCGAAUGCCAUCUAGUUCCAUUAUAUUCUAGAGAGGGCAGACAUCUUUACGGUGGAUAUCUCCAACACCCAGCAGCUUAAGCGAGAAUGAUCUAGACUGAUCAGUAGCGCUACAAGUAAGAGGAAAAAAUAUGUAUUCUCGAUAAGGGGUGAACUGUUCCUUUAAAUGAGAAUUGAAAGUAGAAAUGUGUCAGCGUGGCUGUACAAACAGUAUUUUUGAACCACUUUAACUGAAAAGUAGCAAAGUGAUUUUGUUUGUCAGUCUUUUUAGCUUGUUUAUUGAAGCCUUUGAGAUUUUCUUUCGGCAUAAGGAUGUCAGGAAGAUGGUGAGAAAGAUUAUCCUGUAAACCCUAGGUCGAUCACAGCAUCUGCUAGCGUGUCUUGUCCUGUAAGUGUCCUUCGGCCAGGCACUGACCUUUGUGUUUGCUCACAAACACACUGAAUAAAUUCUAUAUCAUUAAAACUGAGGUAAACUUGCACAGAAGAUAAAGAAUUGUGGGACACAUACUAACCCUUGACAAUAAUGACUCUCUAUUAUAUUUAUUGGGACAGUCCCAGCCUGAGUGCAACUUAUCUGACUCUAUUUAAUUAUCUAUUUGCUCUCUGAGGGAAACGUAGUGCCAGCAGCCACCAAGAGGAAGUAAGAACCGAGGACUCGUGCCUAUGCGAUGUGCCCAUUUCCCCCGAAACAAAACCAACAUUGGUUCCACAGAAUCCUCCUCUGUCUUGUUUUCGGACAUGUGAUGAAAAAUAUUUUUUGAGACUGAGAUUUGAUGGUGGUGCAGCAGAACAUUGUGUUGAGGUACAGUGCCGCUGACGCUGAUGUGAGAGUCAUUUUGCGACAUGACUUAAAGGAUGAACAAAAUGGUAUUUUUUGCUUUACCAUGUGAGAGAUAUUCGAUUGCAGAGGAGAGUGAACAGACAUUUUUUAUUCAGGAUGAAUGGCAUGGUGAUACAGAUCCUUUGUGACGGAUGAUAGUUUUACAGUGGCCUGUUCUGGAUGCCAGCUGAGCAUCUACUGUAUCUGAGCUUUAUUCACAGCACGAUUUGAGUUUUAAGCAACAAAAGCAAAUGGCUUCCUCCCUAGUUUACUGUAGCUGCUGCAGCACGUUGUAAAACUGUUUUAUUGUACACAAACACACACACACGCUGUCCUCAUGUCAUCUUUUAGGACACAAUUGAAAUUUGAGUUCUCAUUGGAUACAAAGCUUUUGAAAUGGUAACAGACAUCAUGCACACUCAGAGGAGUUCUAAUUGUGUGAUUUAUUAUAAUUAUUAUUAUUAUUAUUAUUAUUAUGCUUUUGUUGUUUGAAUUCAUGGUGCAGAGAUGAUUUAUUUAUCAUUUUAAAAUACUGGGAGCUUGUUUUCACCUGCAGGAGCGCCCGAGCUUCAGUGUGGGACUGUCUGUGUGUGUGUGUUGAAGCAAUCUUAUUAUACAGUAUACAGUAUAACCUCUUUUCCUAUGUUAACCACUUGUAUGCUCAUACUCUGCUUUGUUAUUUUAUAGCACAUGUAAGGCUCACAGUUAUACACCUACUAUACAUAUUAUGAAUAUUUUCUCAUUAAAAACAAAACCUGUA